ACUUAAAGUCAUUUCUAGAUAGCCGAGCCUGUAGAAGCACUUUCUCUCGUAAGAAGAAAAACCGCACGCGGUAGUAUAAAUUAUAUCACAUACUUUCCGCAAUUCUUAAAGUUUUCUUAAAAAAUUUUUAAGCAAGCUUUAAAGCCUUAAGUGAAAGUUUUGCGUGUCCAAAUUUCAUAUUUUUCCAUUUGUCUAAAGUAACAUUUUAAGGUUUUCCAACAUUUUCCCAAGGACUAUUGCCUUUAUUUUUAUUAACCGUUUCCUAUACAGAGUCUAUCUUUCCUAAAUUGAAAAAUGCAGCUCAAAGUGCCAACGCACAAAGCUCAUUUAUUAUCUCCUCGGUCCGUAAUGUCCGUAUAUUUGAAUAAACGGGCGCAACGACGAACGAUUUUCCUGUGCGCCAAGAGAUCGAUGUUAUCUCGUGGUUGUGGUGACAGGGCGUAUAACGAACUUAAAUUCUAGCGGUUGGGCGGACAGAUGUCCGCAUCAGCCGGAUAGCCGGCGGUUACCGGUAGAGAGAUUAGCGGGUAUCGGUAAAAGCGUGCCGUUAAAUCGCCAUGUGUCCCGGAGUAAACACGCUCCGACGUGAAAGGGUGCUCCGGCCACGUUGCUGCGAUAUCGCGCGGGGCCUCUAAAUAAUGCAGGAGGCGAAAAGUAUGAACGAGACCGAGCUCCGCGCGCUGCUGAGCGGCCUGCGGGUGUCGAAGCAAAAGGGCGAGCUGGACACGGACGAGAGACUCGCGCGGCAGACCGUCAAGUGGCGGGAUGCCUUGGAGUACAGCGUUUUGGAAGCGUGUGCCAGGCAUCGCAGCGAGGAGUGCAGACUGGAGAUGCUGGCACUCUUGGUGGAAUCGAAGAAAAGCACGUUGCACUUUACGCGCAUGGAACUCGACGUGAUUCUGUUAUUCUUGGGCUACAAUUUGUGCGAGAAGAUGGAAUAUGUGCCCCUUGUCAAAAAGGCUUUAAAACGGUUGAAAGACAGCCUGGCGGUCAUGCGUAGGCGAUUGUCUCAAGAGCUGAAAAUGAGAAGUCGCUACGAGGAACAAGACGCCGCUUGCGAGAUGUACGAGGACGCUUUGGCCCAAUCCCGUCAAACGUCUGGGCAAAUUGAACGCGACGUGCAGGACUACGUCACGUUUUUCGUAAACCUGCGCGAGACUUGCGUGGGCAAUUUGUACCCAGACGCGACGUACGAUCGCAGACGUUCCAGCUUGCAGAUACUCUUGCUGGCGCAAGAACUCCUUUGCGACGAAUUCAAGGACGCCGAAUGGGAGAGGGAGCAAGCCGAGACGAUAUUCCAGUGUCUGUUGCUGGACACAUACGAGCCGAACAAGGAAAUGGCGUAUCGGAUAAUAAAACCGUUGAGCCCAGUGUUGCUGCGCCUCGAUUCAGAACCGCGGGUUCGUUUAAUUAUUCAAGUCGCACUCAAAUUGGGUAGCAGUGUACGGCCCAUAGACAGCGCUACGGCCGCGUACAUGCUAAAAUUGUCCAAGCUGUCCCCCGUUAUAAAAAGUAUACUUUGCGACUACUGCACCGUGGAAGACAAUGUCGCGGAAGCGACGACGUUGCAACUAGUAUUACUGCUGUACAGAAAAUUGCAGGAGGCGUUGGUUUUAGCCAAAAAGAACAUAGGAAUGGCAAUCGUUAAAAAUUCUUUGUAUGGAUAUUUGUUCUGCAUCAAAAGCUUGCUCGUAGACUGCGACUUGAGAGACACAGGGACGAGCGAAUUGUGGCAAAGCACCGUAGCUAAUGUUAUACUGCUGUGCCUUGAAUUGAAUCACACUGUUUCUGUGGUGGUAAAUAAUUCUUCACCGGAAGGGCAUUUACCAAUGGAUUUGAAGGCGCUAAGUUUAGACGACGCGUCAUUUCCCGAGAAGGAGAUUGUAACGCCACAAAUGGUGCUACUUUGUUCGUGGCGCACUGUUAAAGAAGCCAGCCAAUUGUUCGGUUUAUUCGCCACCAAGGCGUCGAUACAGACCUCUGAAUCUUUAAACGGAUUGUUAACAGAGGAACAAAUUGAGCGUGUAAUGAAACAUUUAGUCUCGCUAUUGUGCGAAACGAAACAUAGAGGUGCGUUUGAACAAGCGUACGUUGGCUUUCAUCAAUUAUGCACGCGGCUGUGGCGAUUAACGAACACGGCUCUAAACGCACUUCCUAUGCAUUGGUUGCACGAUAUUUUAGUGGGCAUUACGGGAUUAAUGCCGGGAUAUACGAAACUAUGUGCGACGAGAAGAAGCGCGGGUGUACCGUUUUUGAUACAGGCAGUGCUGUCCUCGGAACCAAAAGUCCGUAAUAAUUCAGGAGUGUCUGCGUUUCACUCGGUUAUGAAAAUUUUAUUACAGUUCUCGCAGCUUGAGAGCACAGUUAAUCUAUGGCAUCAAGUAAAGAGCAUAAUGUAUCGAAAUACAGUAUUUUCCACGUACGAGCAUUUAGCCGAACCGAUAGUAGAAGACGGGAGCGAGUACGGAGAAGUUAAGCUUGAUAUGACCGAGAUAAAGACUCAUUCCAUGAAUAUUCUGAGAGCUUUAUUCAGACACUCUCAGCUCGGGGAUGUAGUCAAGUGUUAUAUUGCGGACGGUUUGAUGGUUGCCUUUAGAAAUUACGAAAGUAGAACGUGGGCGGAACGUAACGCGGCCACGUUAUUGUUUAGCGCACUUAUAAUUCGAAUUUUUGGCGUUCAAAGAACCAAGGAUCACAUCAAUUUGACGACGGAUAACAAAAUGACGGGGAGAAUAUUUUUCGAAAGAUAUCCUAGUUUAUUACCUUUCAUUCUGAAUGAAUUGCACACUUUCGCGUUGAUUAAUGGUACCGUGAUAAAAUCCAACGUGCAAGCAAUUUUAUUGCUGCUAUCACGAUUGUACAUUAGUUAUCAUUUUGACGGCACGGACAUUGCCUGGAAGAUAAAUGAAUUUGUUAGUUUGGUAUCGCAAUGCGCUAAAAGCCCUGUACAUAAAACACGUGAACUUGCAGCUAGAGCACUCGUGCCGUUAUUAACAGAGGGUACAGCCCACAACGUUGUGAAACAAUUAUUUCUAGCUUUAUGUACAGCACGAGAUACCCGGAUCUCGGCAAAUCUCUCGCAUGGCUAUUUGCUACAGAUAUUAGAGAUCUUCAGGCGAUUGCCAUCCAUCCGCGUGCAGCUGUUAAAAUCUGAUGUCGCAAACUUUAUACGCGCGACAGAUUGGGUAUUGAAUGGAUUGGAAAGAAGAAGAGCCGUUAGGCUUAGUUGCUUUCUCAUAGCUAGUGUAUACAUCGACAUCCUUCAUGAAUUAUAUAAUUUAGACAAAAAUAUGAUUGAAAGUUGUAAUAUGGAAGAUAUAUUGCAUAUUCUGCAGCAGCACUUAGUCGAGAAAGACCUAUUGAGACAAGAACCGGGUGAAGAAAUGUACAAAGUGUCCGCGAUCAAAUUCAUACUUUGCGUGGAGAACCGUUCGAAUUUCUUGCAAACAGUGCACAAUGGGCAAAGCAAAGCGUUCAGCAUAUAUUCGCAGCUUUUGAUCGUACCAGAAGCCGAGACACAGAGCAUUGCUUGGUCUACUGUUUUUGAAGUACUGAAGAAGGGAUCUCAUCGGCAAAGAAAAUUACUGAGCACUUACGCUAUUCGCGCGGCUGCCGAUUUCGCCAAAGAUUUGUACAAAUAUAAUCCUAAAUUGCAAGAUGCGGUUUGCGACUUUUUAUACAACAGCUUGAUGGACACAAACGAAUGUUACCUGAACGAUAAACGUGAAAUUUGUAAUUUGGUUCUCAGGAAAAUGCAUCUGCACGAUGCAAAAAAUAUCUAUUCUCAACGCGUCAAUUACUUGCGACUGCUAGGGAAAUGUAUGACGACAUUAACUCAUGAAUUGAAGGAAGAGGAGCUUAGAACGGGACACAUAGAGGAUAUUUAUAGAAAAGUCUGUGACAACAGUUGGGUCGGCUCGUUACGUAAAGAUUUUAGAUUAACAGUUCUCGAUAUAUUGUACGAACUUUUUGAGAGGGACAUUGGUGCCGAAUAUUGCCAUCCCGCAUUGGAUUGGUGGACAAUGCUGUUACAAUUAUUAGUAGACGAUAACGCGGACAUUCGGCGCGAUGCGUCCAAGCUGAUGUACAGACUCAAACUGUGCAACGAAUUGGAAUGCAUUGAGAAAACUUUGUCGGCGUUCUUUCAGAGCUUCAGCGAAAUGGUCGCGGAUAAAUAUCCCGGGAUAGCAGUUGGCGCCCUUUUCUGCUGGAGCGUCUCGUUGUUAGGAGAUACGGAUUACGAAAUGGAUGAAAGCGAUGUAUUUAACAAGUGUAGGAAUUACGAUGUCUUCGAACCCGUGAGGAUAUCAAAAUUGUGCUUCGAUCUAACGAAAUCGAUAACGCAGCGAUAUUCCAUUGAUAACGCAUUACCGCCGGAUGUUGUCAGAUGGAUAAAUUUUCGUUUGGAUACCGAUUUCCCUGCAUUGUCGUCUUUUAAAGAAAUCGUACGUAAUUAUAGGAGUAACCAGCCGACACUCGAAAAGGAGCUGGAAGAAAUUUUGGAUCCGACGUACAGGGAUAAAUUAUUACAAGUUUUGGCAUGUGAACAAUACGUUGUUAUGAUGUCAGAUAAAUUAUGACACGAUCGUACUUAAUUUUAUAUAUUGCGAAUAAAUAUAUACGUUUGAUAAAACUCGCGCGUAUUUCAUUAGCGUUAUAAAUUGAUAUUUUAAACAAGAAGUCUACAGAGAUUGUCAAAAUAUUCUCUGAAAAAUGUAUUAGCGAUUAAACAUUAAAUAAAUCUCUAAUAUUAUUUCUACAAGUUUGAAGUAUUUCGCUCUUUGAACAGAAGAAAUAAAACAAAUUGCUGCAAGUAACACAUUAUUUUAAGCAUUUCUAAUGUUAUACAAUACAGUUAAUACAACAAUGCUGCUGUUAUUAAUAAUUUAUAAAAAAUACAUCACAUUUUACUUUAGCACUAAUAGCAGCGCAUUAACUGCACUGUUUCUCUCUUUUCUCUGCACAAAUUACAUUUGUAUUAAUUUCUUGUAAACUGCAGCCAAAAGGCUUUUGCGAAAAUUACGAUGUGAAAAAUGCCGUCAGCUUACACUUAAAAAGUUUCGAUACCUCGAGAAUAUCGACCGUUGCGAUAUUGCGAUAUUGCGAUAUUGAGAACCUCGAAGUGUCGCCCAAACGUAGUA